AUGUCAGACGACGGAAAUUCUAACCCAGUGAAUAUUCCACCUCCAGUCGUUGUAUCUGAUAAUAGCGGUCCUACUCCUGUGCCAGCCAAUGUUCACCAUCAUGAUGAUAGGAGCGACCCAACACCAUUUUUUCCCACCUCAAAGGAGCGGGACUUUUUCGAAAGACCCUCACGACGACCGAGCUUCAUCGAGAAUGUGGCGGACUCGCGAGAGGCACAGUUUACUACGCAGGAUAUCAGUGAGCUCGAGCGAUACUUUCACGGGCCCCGAAACAUGAAUCGACAUUCGAAAUGGCCACUUGUCAUGCGAAUUCAAGGAAGCGUAUUACCUCAAAUGAUCAUACCUCUUUUCAUUGUUGGAGGUUGGGCCACUCUCAUCACCUGCAUGUCUCAAUAUUAUCAUAACCUUGGUAUUAAUAAUAUCCUGCUUACCGUGUUGGGGUUUGUGGUGGAUGGUCGCAAAUACUGGGCUGCGCUCGUCCAGACCUCUCGCAAUAUGGCUCGAAUUAUCUGGGUGCAUAUCGGUGAACGAGAAGGAGAGGACGGCAAAGUGGAUAUGCUUAGAAAGCUAUCCGCUAUGAAUCUUAUUCUCGCAUUUGCUGUCGCACUGAAACACAAGCUUCGCUUUGAGCCCGACGUUGCGUACAAUGACCUAGCGGGCCUCGUUGGUCAUCUCGACACAUUUGCCCUUUACGCCCAUGACAGCAACUCCAUGCAUCCUCCAUCAAAAACCCCAUGGAAGUCUACGGGAGAAUACUUACGCUUGCCGUUUGCUCGUUCAAAUCCGCGUAAGCUCAUUAAGCGAUCCAAGAAACCACUGGGCCAUCUUCCCGUCGAGAUUCUCAUGCAUAUAUCGGCGUAUAUCGAUUGUUGUGUGAGGAAUGGCACGCUAUCUUAUGCUCAAUAUCAGGGCCAAGCGAUGACGAUGGUCUCAUCGCUGAAUGAGAUCUUAACUGGGACGGAACGAGUACUUGAUACUCCUCUGCCUGCUGCAUACAGUAUUGCAAUUGCCCAAAUAUCUUGGAUCUAUGUCAUGCUACUUCCAUUUCAACUUUAUAAAUUUUUGGGUUGGACAACUAUUCCUGCAUCUAUCGUUGCCGCAUACAUUAUCAUCGGUCUAUUUACCAUCGGUAGCGAGAUCGAGAACCCCUUCGGUCAAGAUGUCAACGACCUUCCACUCACCUCAUAUUGUCGACAGAUUGCCAAGGAGCUUGACAUAAUCACAGCGAGCCCUCCUCCGAAUGUGGACCACUUCAUGACCCGCCCGGAGAACUUAGUCCUUUUCCCGCUCAGCCAGGAGGGCUACCCAGCUUGGGAGGAACGAAGCAAGGAGGAUAUUCGCGCCGCUCUUCGGGCCAAGAUCGUUGCAAACUCAGGCCACAACCCUGCUGUGGAUGAUUCGAAUACGUCUACUAUGGGCAUGAGUUUCUCUAUAAGAAGUACUACAGAGUCCGUUUGA